GAGUUAUUUGGAUAUAUGUGUGUGGCUUUCCAUACCAACUAUAGAUUAGAAAUCAGAUUACUCUCUCAGACCUCCUUCACCGACGUCGCGCAGGGCGCUGCUCUGACGUCAGCGCGUACUCAGAACGUGGCAUCGUGGUCCUGCCUGCCCUUCACGUCCGUCCACAUCCUCCUAGGCUCUGCUCCCAAGCGCAGCACAACGAUGGCCCUGCUCAAGUCUAACAAGUUGGUCUACUGUCUGGGGAAUAUCUCCCCGUCAAUGGGAGUUCUGUCCACCAGAAACAGCUCAUGGUGGGGUGGAGUGCAGAUGGGUCCCCCUGAUCCCAUCCUGGGGGUGACCGAGGCCUUCAAGAAGGAUGCCAACCCAAAGAAGAUGAACCUGGGAGUGGGAGCCUACAGGGAUGACCAGGGCAAGCCCUUCGUGCUCAGCUGUGUCCGCAAGGCGGAGGCUGUUAUCGCAGCCAAACAGCUGGAUAAGGAGUACCUUGGCAUAACAGGUUUGGGGGAGUUUACCAAGUCCUGUGCCCAGCUUGCUCUUGGUGCUGAUAAUGAUGUCUUGAAGAGCGGCAGGAGCAUCACUGUCCAGACCAUCUCAGGAACUGGAUCUCUGCGUGUCGGAGCUAACUUUUUGUCUCGUUUCCACGGAGAUUCACGUGACGUGUACCUGCCCAAACCGUCCUGGGGGAAUCACACACCCAUCUUCAGAGAUGCUGGCAUGCAACUCAAAGCGUACAGAUACUAUGACCCCUCCACCUGUGGCUUUGACUUCAAAGGAGCUCUCGAUGACAUCUCUAAAAUUCCAGAGAAGAGUGUGAUCAUGUUGCAUGCUUGUGCCCACAACCCCACUGGGGUGGACCCGAGGCCUGAGCAGUGGAAGGAGAUUUCUGACAUUGUGAAGAAAAGGAACCUGCUGGUGUUCUUUGACAUGGCCUAUCAGGGCUUUGCCAGUGGAGACAUUGACCGUGAUGCCUGGGCUGUGCGCUAUUUCAUUGAGCAGGGCCACAACAUCCUGCUGUCUCAGUCCUUCGCCAAGAACAUGGGUCUCUAUGGUGAGCGUGUGGGAGGCUUCACUGUAGUGUGUAAUGAUGCUGAUGAGGCAAAGAGGGUUGAGUCUCAGCUCAAGAUCCUCAUCAGGCCCAUUUACUCCAACCCACCAAUGAAUGGUGCAAGAAUUGCAGCAACUAUUCUCAACACACCAGAUCUGCGUUCACUGUGGCUGGAGGAGGUCCACGGCAUGGCUAACCGCAUUAUCAAGAUGAGAGAACAGCUGGUGACAGGUCUGAAAAAGGAAGGCUCUACUCACAACUGGCAGCACGUCAUCGACCAGAUCGGGAUGUUCUGCUUCACAGGCCUCAAACCUGAACAGGUUGAGCGCCUGACGAAGGAGUUUUCUGUGUACAUGACCAAGGAUGGCAGGAUUUCCAUGGCAGGUGUGUCCUCUGGGAAUGUGGGCUACUUGGCUCAUGCAAUCCAUGCGGUUAGCAAGUAGAGCGGAUCCUGCUGGGAGAGCUACGAAAUCAGAGCAGCAGUGUCGAAGAGGAGCUUAAUGCGUCACUAAUUCUCUGUCUCCUCCAUUCCACCUUUUAGAAAAGAACUGAAUACUUAGGCAUUUUCUUGAUUGGAUUUCAUCAUAAAUUUAACAUAGAAAGGUUGCUGCUGUUAAAUGGUUUUAUUCAUGGUUACCUUUUUUUUUCUCUUACAUCUCACUGAACUGGCUCCCCUACCAAAUUAUAAGGCAUGUUUACUCUCAUAACUGUCAGAUCAUCUUUGCUUAUUUAUUCUGUGGAAUCAACUGGUGGCUAUGCUUUAGUGUCCUCCUAAAUGUGUGCUGUUUAUCUACUGUGGACUCACUCACUGUAAAACAUCAAGGAACCAACAUUGAAGCAAUGUUAGACUGUGCAUUAGAUUUACGUUCGAAUUGAGGUCUCUGUUCCAUAUUAAAGCUUGUAGAAAAUGUGAGUUAAUUUAUUCUUUUUCUUCAUUUAAAUGGUGGAGUUGUAGCACUUUAUAAGCUGUAGGGUGCUGUUUAAGUUUUAAGAUUAGGUUGGCACUCUUUAUUUCUGUCAUUUAAUCAAUUCACUGUCAGGCUUAUCUGCAGUUGUUCAUCUGAACUAAUCAGUCCCCCAGUAAUCUCCUCGUUAUCUUCGUCUGGAAUUUGCCCCUCUAUCUCACUUGUAUUUAGGACUUUUUCAGGAGAAUUUGUGAACCACUUUAAGGGUUUUAGUUCAUUGUGGUGGCAGUGCAGCAGUCUCCUGGUUAGUUCCUUUUAACCCUAGAUACAAACAAGCACACAAGCCAAAAAGAGUUGAACUCAGAACAGAGAAGCGAUCAAUACUUUGACUGAAUGAUUUCCACAAUGAUAUUACACAGUGGCCCCAAAUCGAAUGUCCCUUUUCUCAUUUUCUUUUCAUACUGGCAUCUUUACAUUUCAUACAGAUGGAUACAAAAACGAAUGGAAUAUCUGAUUGAGGUGAACACUAUACAGUUCAUGAAGAAAUAUGCAUAUGUUGCUCGUUCACUCAGACAUCAUGGCACAUUGCCUCCAUGUUUUGUGUUCUGUCAUACAAUAAUGGAUCAGCAGUCAUGUUGAACAAACAAUAAAUGGUUAUAUAGUAACAGUC